CAGUAAAUUACCAUAUCCCACACAAUCGAAAAUCACUAAUAAAAAGAUAAUUCACAUAAAAGUAAAAUGAGAUCACUGCCGUUCAUACUCUGCUCACUCUCUCGCUACCAUCCCCACUCUCAAACUCCCUCUCCUCCUCACCUUAUCGUCUUCCUCCGCUCCAUGGCCACAUCCGCCGCUGCUGACCGCAUCAGCCCAUCCAACACCCGGGUGGGCUGGAUUGGAACUGGCGUAAUGGGCAGAUCUAUGUGUGCUCAUUUAAUCAACGCCGGCUACAGUCUCACGGUCUUCAACCGAACCCUCUCCAAGGCCCAACCCCUCGUCGACAUGGGCGCUCGCCUAGCCCAGACCCCCCACGAUCUCGCUGCCCAGUCCGACGUUGUUUUCUCCAUCGUUGGCUAUCCUUCGGACGUCCGCCAAGUCCUCCUCGAUCCCACUGAUGGAGCCCUCUCUGGCCUCCGUCCCAGCGGCAUACUCGUUGACAUGACAACAUCGGAACCUUCCCUCGCCGUCGAAAUUUCCGCCGCCGCCUCCUCCAAAAACUGCUCCUCAAUCGACGCCCCCGUCUCGGGAGGCGACCGCGGUGCCAAGAACGGGACCCUCGCGAUAUUCGCUGGUGGAGAUGAAGCCAUCAUCCACCGCUUAAAUCCCCUCUUUACCCUCUUAGGAAAAGUUAAUUACAUGGGUCCCAGCGGGAAAGGUCAAUUCGCGAAAUUAGCAAAUCAAAUCACGAUAGCAUCAGGGAUGGUGGGAUUAGUAGAAGGAAUUAUUUACGCCCAUAAAGCAGGGCUCAAUGUCGCAUCGUUCUUAGAUGCGAUAUCGACGGGGGCAGCUGGCUCAAAGUCGUUGGAUUUGUACGGGAGCAGGAUUUUGAAGAGGGAUUUCGAACCGGGUUUUUUCGUGAACCAUUUUGUUAAGGAUUUAGGGAUUUGUUUAAAGGAGUGUCAGAACAUGGGACUUGCUUUGCCCGGUUUGGCUUUGGCUCAGCAGCUUUAUUUGUCCCUUAAGGCUCAUGGGGAAGGAAAUUUGGGAACCCAAGCUCUGAUUCUGGCUUUGGAGAGACUCAAUAACGUGACCCUAAAUUCUUAAACCUGGUAAACUGUUAUGUUAAAUUUCUAGUAAUAGUCCAUUGCCGAUCCGUAUUCAAUAUUAUGGCAACUGAAAAUUGUGUGGUGUUAUCGUUUGUUGCAGUCUAUAAAAAAUUCAGUUUGGUCGACUUGAUUUUGAUAGCUUAUUGUUUUUAUGUGCUGCCAUUUACAGUCUCUCGAGAUAAGCUAAUUUGCAACCUUAUAUUUUUGCUGCUACACUUGCUUUUUACAUCUCAGCUGUGGUGCAAGCAAUUAACCAUUAAGUUGUUUUAGCUUGAGUCAUUUGAUGAUACCUGUUAUUAUAAAAUUGGAAGUAAAUGGCCUGGAUGCCAUACUGCUGAAGCCUUUGUUGAAAAAUUGUCAAACCGCAGUAUCGCUUUUGCAUUUAGGCUUUAAACGCUGGUGUAGUUCAGAUUUUAGAGAGUCGUCUUCUUUAUUCAUACCUGAUUUGAUGGAGUAGUGUGUAUAUAUGGAAGUUGCAUUUGUUUCUUUUUCUUCGAUAUGAUUUGAUUCAGGCCAAGAUAAUAGAGUUAAUGCUAGCGAAACCUGAAAGGUCACAAGUUAACAUUCCCCCUUUCCCACUAUGAGAAAGAGAACAAGGCUUCAUAUGCCUAGCCUGUAACCUUCCCGCUUUAAGACUAUUUAUCCCCCAUUCUGCGAAGUUGCACCUCUACUACUUAGUGGCUGUAUCCAUCCAUUAUCUCCUGCUAGGCGGAAUGUGAGUGAUGAAUGAUCUAUAUGCUAUAGUCUUUAUUUGUUCUCCACUUGAAAUGAUAAGUUGAAUAGCAAGGACCAUCAUUUUUUAGUGGAACUGGCAUUUUUUGUGCCUUGGUAGGCAUUGUUUAGUUUCUAAGCAGCAAACAAGAGGAAGGGAUUGGGGGAGGGUUAUAAUUUAUAGAGAUGCUCUGUAAUAACGAGGCAUGCCUCAUGUUGCAGGGCAACGUCAUCUGAUCAUGUCAUGUUAUAUGACAGAUGACUUGCUUUAUCAUAGAUUUCUUAUAGUAAUACAAUCUUCAGCAAUGGACAUCGA